GAAGCCCCGCCUCCGGGGCGCUCGGGCGUCGCUUUCACCCUCGCGAAGCACCCACCCAGGUCUCAGCGGACUUUAGGGGGAAGUGAGUCCGGAUCUCGUGACCCGGCCGUCCUGGGUCUUUUCACAGAUUCCGUCGCUGCCGCCUCAUGGCAGCGCUGAGGUCGCUGCUGCUGGCCGCGCUGCUGUGGGUCCCUGCCGAGGCCCUGAGCUGCUAUGGAGACUCCGGGCAGCCGGUGGACUGGUUCGUGGUAUACAAGCUGCCAGCUCACAGUGGGUCUGGGGAUAGUUCGUGGAAGGGUUUGAAGUAUAAAUACAUGGACCAGAGCUCCGAGGGUUGGCGCGACGGUGUGGGGUACAUCAACAGCUCAGACGGAGCCGUGGGCCGCAGCCUGCUGCCGUUGUACCGUGAAAACUCCAGCCAGCUGGCCUUUCUACUCUACAACGACCAGCCUCCUAAAUCCAGCUCAGCUCAGGACUCUUCCAGCCGUGGGCAUACAAAGGGUGUUCUGCUUCUGGACCAAGAAGGGGGCUUGUGGCUGAUCCACAGUGUGCCGCGCUUCCCACCGCCUUCGUCCUCUGGUGCAUACAGCUGGCCGCCCAAUGCUCACACGUAUGGGCAGACCCUACUCUGCGUGUCCUUUCCCUUUGCCCAGUUUCUCAAGAUUGGCAGGCAGCUAACCUAUACCUAUCCCCUGGUCUAUGACCAUAAGCUGGAGGGCAAUUUUGCCCAGAAAUUAUCUGAUCUACAAGAGGUGAUCAAGGGUCACCAUGCCCUCCAUGAGCCCUGGAAUAAUAGUGUAGUACUAACUUCACAAGCUGGGGCCACCUUCCAGAGCUUUGCCAAAUUUGGAAAAUUCGGAGAUGACCUGUACUCUGGCUGGUUGGCAGCAGCCCUUGACACCAACCUACAGGUUCAAUUCUGGCCAAAUUCUCCAGGCAUCCUGCGUUCCAACUGCUCUGGGACCCAUCAGAUUCUUGAUGUGAAUCAGAUAGGCUUCCCUGGCCCAUCUGGACCAACUUUCAAUGCCACAGAAGACCACUCCAAAUGGUGUGUGUCCCCUCAAGGGCCCUGGGCCUGCGUGGGUGACAUGAAUCGGAACAAAGGAGAAAUGCACCGAGGUGGAGGCACGCUGUGCACCCAGCUGCCUUCCCUUUGGAAGGCCUUCCAGUCCCUGGUGAAGGCCUGGGAGCCCUGUAGAGAGCCCAGCAGAGCAAAGAACUAAGACGGGCUAGCUGAGCAUGGUGGCGCACACCUUUACUCCCAGCACUCAGGGGUCAGAGGCAGAUGGAUCUCUGAGUUCCAGGCCAGCCUGGUCUACAGAGUGGGUUCCAGGAAGGCCAGGGCUACACCAACCCCCCAAAAAGGGUCUAGUUUGGACUUGAAUUUGUUUUGGGGGUUGGUGUGCUGGGCUGAAUCCCAGGGCUUACUACAUACUACACAAGCUUAGUACAUACUACACAAGCACCAUGCUGCUCUGGCUGUGAAUCCAAGUACCAGUUCAGCCCCUUCCUGACUGGAGACCUUCGCAGUGCCUUAACCUCCCUGGCUGUCAAGUGACCUGCAGCUUGGGCAUCACAACAGAGGCUGUUAAUAAAAGUGUCUCUGUACAUGAGGCUGUUACCGUUUUCUUCAGACACAGCACUGGUGAGGUACCUCUUCCUAAGAGGUCUGCCCCAAGCU